AUGAACAUCACUCUCUUUCUAUGUCUAUCAAUGCUUUCAUAUCUAUAUCAGUUUGUUAAUCUCCCUCACUUUCAUAUUAUUGCCUUCUUUCUCUCUCUUUUGUAUUAUCUGUCUCUCAUUUUAUCUGCCUGUCUUUCUCACACAUGUCUGGCUUUCAUAGCUGUCAUUCUCUUGUUAUUCUGUCUCUCUCCCAUUUACUCUAACCUUGUAACUUUGACUGAUCUCUCUCUCUCUCUCUCUCUCUCUCUCUCUCUCUCUUUCUCUCUCUUUCUCAAUCUCUCAUUCUUUAACUAUCUCAAUUUGUUCAUAUCUAUCUGUCAAUCUAUCUUAGUCAAUCUGAGUUCAUAUCUAUCUCAGUCAAUCUAUCUCUUUGUCUAUCUUAAUCAGUCUAUCUAUCUCUUUAUCUAUCUUCUUCAGUCUAUCUCUCUAUCUAUCUAUCUCAUCUUUUCAUAUCUAUCUAUCUAUCUAUCUAUCUAUCUAUCUCAGUCUGUACAUAUCUAUCUAUCUAUCUAUUUAUCUAUCUAUCUAAGUUUGUUCAUUAUCUAUCUAUCUAUCUAUCUAUCUAUCUAUCUAUCUAUCUGCAUUCUAUUCAUAUCUAUCACAUUGCAUACAUAUCUGUCUAUUUAUCAAUCUAUCUCAUUCUGUUCAUAUCUAUCUAUCUAG